AUGGCACUCGAAUAUAAAGGAUGGGAGCUCGUCUUUAGCUCUGAAAUAGAAGAUAAACCCAAUUCAUCUUCUCAAAGUUCACAUCCAAGGAGAACCAAUCGCAGGACCAAAUCGGGCUCAGCACGAGCAUCAUCAGAUAGUCUCAUUUUAAGACGUAAAGCUGAUCAAUUCCAAGUGAAAACGGGAGACACAAUUUUUGUCACCGCUGAGGGCGGGUCCAACAUUGCAUUGAUUAAAGAUAUACGAUUUGGCAUCAACGACUUUGUUGAAAUAUUUGUCAUCUGGUUUAGUCAACGAGAUGAAAUUAAGGCUAUUCCUGAAAAUAUUAAAAUCAUUGAUAGGGAGGUAUUGCUUAUUCCUUACCAGGAUGAAAUUGAACUCGAACAGAUAGGCGAACAUGUUCAGGUUUUAUCAGAAAUGGAUUAUGAAAAACGUGAUAAAUCUCAACAUGAGGGGAAACAGAUAUUCAUGUGCCGUAGGGCAACAAACGAGCAGGGAAAGUUUUCCGAGAUAUUCGAUUACAAUGAACUUAUGCAACAAUUUAUUGAAAAUACGGACCAUUUUCAGGAUACGUUAAAGAAGAUUGUAUUCAAUCCAGGCCUGCUAAAGAAACAAGAGAAGGAAAGUCAACAGGGGAUAGGAGGGAGAGGAAGGGCAAGGGGAAAGCCGAAGGUUUCUGAAAAGAAUGAAGAACAAACCAAGACGCAUGCGCCUGCAAAAGCUACUGUUGAAGAAUCUGAAAGUUCAACAUCUUCACUGGGUGGUGAAAGCGGUAGUGAGGACUAUGAAGAUUCCGAAGAUGAAAAAGUCUCUUCUAGAAAUCGAAAGCGCAGAAGAGUCAUCACUCCGUCACCAAGAAAACAAAAAGUUGCAUCUUCAUUGACCCCAAAUAAAUCACUGUCACCUACAAAAUUGACCCGUUCUGUCGAUUCGGAAAUUGAAAGUAUCUACUCAGUGGUUACGCCUCGUAAAAAAAUCAGAGUCAUGCAAGACCAAAGCCGGCUACCCUCAUUUACAUCACCUUCCAAAAGGCCACCCGAAGGUACACUUGACCCAACUUCUGAAGCUUUUAGAGAGGUUAAGGAAAAGCUACAUACGUCUCAACGCUUGAAUGCACUUCCUGGUAGAGAGGAUGAGUUUCUGAUGAUUUACGCCAGUUUGGAAAGUGCGAUAAAUGAAGGAACGGGCUGUUGCAUAUACGUCAGUGGUGUUCCUGGAAUGGGGAAAACAGCCACCAUAAAAGAUGUCAUUCAACAAAUGACUAACUUAACCGAAGAAGGCUAUGUAAAACCGUUCAACUUUUUAGAAAUCAAUGGUUUGAAAUUGCUUUCACCAACAGUCGCAUAUAGUAUGUUAUGGGAGUAUAUAACUGGUGGAGAUCGAGUGGUUGACUCCAACGCAGCCAUUUUAUUAGAAGAAUAUUUUAUGAGAAGGGACGAUAAGAGAAAACCUUUGGUGGUUAUGAUGGACGAAUUGGACCAGAUAGCUCAAAAGAAGCAGAAUGUCAUGUACAAUUUUUUCAAUUGGCCUACGUACGCUACUUCGAAACUUAUCGUUAUAGCUGUUGCAAACACUAUGGAUUUGCCAGAGAGGGUACUUGCUAAUAAAAUAUCAUCGAGAAUGGGUCUCCGAAGAAUUCAGUUCAAGGGGUAUACAUAUCAGCAAUUGGGCGCAAUAAUUCAGCACAGACUAGACAUGUUGACAAAAACCAGUCGACAUAAGGUGGAGAUCAGUGCUGACGCCAUUGGAUUUGCAUCACGAAAAGUAGCUAGUGUUAGUGGUGAUGCUAGGCGUGCUUUAACAAUCUGUCGUAGAGCAGUUGAGCUUGCUGAGAGACAAUAUUUGGAGAACAAUGACCCAAAGGGGGACGCAUGCCAAGUAUUGAUUUCUCACAUAUCUCAAGCAAUCGGUGAGAGUGUCAACUCGCCACUAGCAAAAUACUUAAACACCUUACCAUUUGCAGCUAAACUUUUCCUUGCAGCACUAUUAAGAAGAACAAGGCGAAGUGGUUUUGCAGAAAAUUCAGUGGGCGAUAUCAUCGACGAGAUGAAGAACUCGAUGGCCAUGUUUACAACUUCCAAUCCGUUCGUGACAGAUUCAUCGAUGUUUGAUUUGUUGUAUACGGAUAAAAUUGGCGAUAAAGUACAAGUUAAUAUUAGAGUUCACAAUUUUGAAUUUGUCUUGAACUCCUUGGUGGAAGCAGGAAUAAUUACCCAACAAAAUUUCUCAAGUGAAAGAAGGAGAAUGGUGUUAUUGAACAUUAGCGAAGAGGAAGUGGUUUCUGUGUUGAAAAAGGAUCAUGAGGUAUUACAAUUUUUGUAA